AUGGCCCCGCGUAUUGUGACUGGCGGCAUUACAGGCGAUAAAGCUCUGAGCGACGCGGCUGCUACCAAAUCGGUGAAAUGGACCCUCGACAGCACAGUGGAGGAAGUUCUGCUACAAGGAAAUCUUCCCCAAGUGAAUAUGAAGCUGAAAGACUUUCUUACCGAAUACCUUGAUGGCAUGGGUGCGGAUAAAGUGAAGUGGAAUGUCAGUAUAGAAGCGUUUGCCAACAGACCAAACAGAUAUAUAAAAGACGAGGAGCUGGUUACCGACAUACUUGCGAUGNGAGCGACGCGGCUGCUACCAAAUCGGUGA